AUGGCAGACCACGGGCGGCUCUGUAGCUAGCUACUGUAACACGAAACAAUUAUUAAAACGUCCUGAAUGAAAAUGCGUAUUAAAAAAAUUAAAUAUCGUCGUUUUUGUAGUUUCUUUCUUAACAAGCGUGCGUGUCAAGCCGGCAGCAGAAGCUAAACAGUAACAGGUUUUAAAAUUUUAGCUGGGUUAUCUGAGUUAAGACGUUGCCAAGGCAACGUUAGCCAACAGCUAGCUGUCUCGCUUCCCGUGGUCAGGAUUUAUUUUCUGAGAGACUUUUCUUUACAGCUGUUUGUUGUUGCAUAUGUAAUAUAAGCCGAAUUUAAGUUAACGGUUUAAAGUUUUACUGGGCUUAAAAUAAUAGUUUAAUAACUGUAUCUUAUUGAGCAAUCGUGCGCAGCAUCGUGAACGGCUUAAUUUUUGAGUGAAGUUCGAGGUUUGCGUUCCUCUCUCUGAUUUGCUGUUCCAAGGAGCUGAUUUGUAUAUCAUUGGGGGUUUACUUCAAACCACACACUCUUUGAAUUAACAAAAACAUCAGUGAGAGUUGUGACCAGAUUAAAUCCAGGUUAACUGAAGCUGUUUUAAACGCUCAUGAAAACAUGGAGCAGUACAACAUUCUGGGUCGGACAGGAGAAGGAGCUCAUGGCAUAGUCUUCAAGGCCAAACAUAUUGAGACAGGGGAGACGGUGGCUCUGAAGAAAGUGGCUCUGAGGAGGCUGGAAGACGGCAUUCCGAACCAGGCUCUAAGGGAGAUUAAAGCACUGCAGGAGAUCAAGGACAACGAGCAUGUGGUGAAGCUGAAGGACGUCUUUCCUCACGGCACGGGCUUCGUCCUGGUGUUCGACUUCAUGCUGUCUGACCUCUCUGAGGUCAUAAGGAAUUCCCAGCGCCCUCUGACCCCUGCGCAGGUCAAAAGUUACAUGAUGAUGUUGCUGAAGGGCGUGGCCUUCCUGCAUCACAACAAUGUCAUGCACCGGGACCUGAAACCAGCAAACCUGCUCAUCAGCUCCUCAGGCCACCUGAAGAUUGCAGACUUUGGUCUGGCCCGGCUGUUCAGUGAGCAGGGAGAGAGGCUGUACAGCCACCAGGUGGCCACCAGAUGGUACAGAGCCCCUGAGCUGCUGUACGGAGCCCGAAAGUACGACGAGGGAGUCGACCUGUGGGCGGUCGGCUGUAUUUUUGGGGAGCUGUUGAACUCGUCUCCUCUGUUUCCUGGAGAGAACGACAUCGAGCAGCUCUGCUGUGUCCUCAGAGUGCUGGGAACCCCGACUCAGGACAGCUGGCCUGAGAUAGUGGAGUUGCCAGAUUACAAUAAAAUCACCUUUAAGGAGAAUCCAGCGAUCCCAUUGGAGGAAAUCGUCCCUGACACGCCCCCUCAGGCAGUGGACCUGCUCUAUAAGUUCCUGGUGUAUCCAUCUAAACAGCGCUGCUCAGCCAGACAGGCUCUCCUCCAUCCAUAUUUCUUUACUUCGCCAAUUCCUGCUCACCACUCAGAGCUGCCCAUCCCUGAAAGGGGAGGGCGACCCCCCCGCCAACGCUUCCAGGCUCCGCCCACUGACUUCUCAGUGGACCUACCCUUGCAGAACAGUGUGGUAGACCCUGCCCUAAUACAGGGAUAUGCUUCCUGCCUCUGAACUGACCGCUGAUCUUUACCAUCUCUAAGCUGCUCUUAUACCACUCACACAGAAGAUUUCUGAUGGUCUUUCCUGAGCCUGAACCUCUUCCGUAACCACCUGUAACCGUGAAAAAAUCACCUAAUACAGUUACGU